AUGAACCUAUUCGUUCCUUCAUUUGAAACGGACCAACAUGAAGAGGUUGAACGCAAGACGGAGACGCACAGUGAUGGAGGCGUUUGGACGUUCAAAGGCAACAAAGCGGCCAAGGAAGCGGCUAGUGUUUCGAUGAAAGGUAUCCUUGCGACAUUGAUUGAUAACUGCAGCAAAAACAUUAAUAAGACCAUUUUGCCCCUGGGUCACGGUGAUCCUUCCGUCUACCCUUGCUUCCACACUUCCGUUGAGGCGGAGAAUGCAGUCGUUGAAUCCUUACGAUCUGGCGCUGCCAACUCUUACGCCCCCGGUGUCGGUAUUUUACCGGCCAGGAGGGCGGUGGCGAAUUAUUUGAACCGGGAUCUUCCACAUAAGAUGAAAUCAGACGAUAUCUUUAUGACGGUCGGGUGUUGCCAAGGGAUAGAGACCAUGAUUCAUGUUCUCUCCAAUCCAAAAGCCAACAUCUUGCUCCCUAGUCUCGUAUAUCCUCUCUACCAUAGUCACGCAAUACAUAGCCUAGUUGAGAUUCGCAAGUACGAUCUCCUCCCUGACCAAGACUGGGAGAUCGAUCUCAAAGCUGUGGAGGCCAUUGCAGAUGGUAACACUAUCGCUAUGGUGAUAACUAACCCUCACAAUCCAUGUGGAAAUGUCUACACAUAUGAUCAUCUAAAGAAGGUUGCUGAGAUGGCGAGGAAGCUAGGGUUAAUGGUUAUUUCUGAUGAAGUUUAUAAUCAAACUAUAUAUGGGGAUAAUCCAUUUGUCCCGAUGGGGAUAUUCGCAUCCAUUUCUCCCGUGGUUACACUCGGGUCCAUUUCCAAGGGAUGGCUCGUCCCUGGCUGGCGAAUAGGUUGGAUCGCGAUGAAUGAUCCCAGUAACGUUUUCAAAACCACCGGGGUCGUUGAAUCCAUCAAGGAGCACCUCGACAUAAGUCCAGAUCCAUCGACUAUCCUACAGUUUGCGCUUCCAAACAUCUUGGAGAAGACAGAGAAAGAUUUCUUCGAGAAUAAUAACUCGAUACUAAGCCAAAACGUAGAUUUCGCUUUCGAUGCCCUCAAGGAUAUUCAUUGCCUCAUUUGCCCCAAGAAACCCGAGUCGUGUACUUACUUAUUGACGAAACUAGACCUAUCACUCUUGGAGGACAUCACAGGUGAUGUUGAUUUCUGCAUGAAGCUGGCCCGAGAGGAGAAUCUCGUCCUUCUACCUGGAGAGGUAUUAGGAAUGAAGAAUUGGGUGAGAUUCUCGAUCGGAGUGGAAAGGUCGAUGCUAGAAGACGCUUUCGUGAGGCUCAAAGGUUUCUUUGCUCGCCAUAUUAAAACACAAGUCACUUAA